GGGGAACGCAUACACUCGGGGUAGCUUCAGAUGCACGCUUCCUUGCAUUACAAAACCACUCUCCCCGCCCCCAUUGUAACCCUGCUCUGGUUUGGGACCCUUGUAUCCAAUGGGAGAUCCUCACGACGACCCCGGAGCGAAGUCGUUUUCGGCCCCCCCGGGUUGCGGUUUCCACCCUUCCCAGCAACAGCUCCUCUCGUACUACUUGACUAAGAAGAACAACGUCGUCGGUGAGGGUUCCGAUGGUUGCGAUUUGAUUGGAGAGUUGGACCUCUACCACUAUGACCCCUUCGAGUUACCGGACGGGGCGUGCUUUUCGUACGGUUAUGGCGCCAGUAAGAGGAACUGGUAUUGUUACGCGGCUCGAAAUGAAAAGGAGAGCGAGGCGGGAAGGAGGAGGACGAAGACUGGGUACUGGAGGAGGAAGUGGGGAAAGGUGAGGGACGUUAUGGACCCUAGAAGAGGAGGGAAGGUGUUGUUGGGGACAAGGUCAUGCUUCGUGUUUUAUCAGAAGAAUUCGUCCAUGACCGCGGCCAGGAUUACUGAUUGGGUUAUGCAUGAGUAUGCGCUGCCUGAUCAUCUCAAGGCUUCUUUUGUCCUUUGUCGAGUGUUCUUCAAAUCUUGUAGUGGAAAUAGCAUAUUGGAUAAUGGCUUAAGUUCUUGUGCUGAGGAAGCUGUUUCUGCAGUGCGUCACAUUGGCAUUCAGCACAAUGGAUGCCUUACACCUGAUAUUCUUGAAGUUAAAAUGCAUGAGGACAAUUCUGUUUCUGGUGCCAGCAUUCUGCAUCAGUCAGGCAUGCAGCCUCGGGAGCUGAAGAGCUCGUCUGUGCUUCCAGGAAGUAGUGCAAAGAUUUUUGAAGGUCUGACUGACCAGCAAGCACUUUCCAUUUUAGAGGAAGAUUACAUUGAGUUGGACGAUCUUGUGCAGUAACUAUUCAUCAGAGACUUUGAAGCAGUUGAUUAUAAAGAUAUAUGAAUACUCAUUGGAAUGCUCUGGCUGUUACUGGAAAUUACUGUUUCAGGAUUGGAUUUAGAUACUCAACAACAGAUGCGAAGGGAUAAAUCUUAAACAACCUUAUGUGAAAUUUUUAAACAAUAUUGAGAUAUGUUAUGGAAGGAUGACUUGGCCUUAUAAGAUUUGUUCUCAUGCCUGAUAGAAGGCAAUUUAUCCCAACAGCACACACAGAGAUUAUUAUGAUUGACAAUGGUAAAUUAAGUUAUAUGAGUGUCAGCUGCUUCACCUGACUUGAUAAAGCUGCAGUUGAUGCAUUGAUGGUAGAGGUUCUUCUUCCUCAUUUACAUCUAUUUUCCACCACCUCUUGAUCAGAAGCUUCCUUAGAAAGACCUCUUUUCCUUUGGCCUUCUUCUUUUUCUGUAAUGAAACAAAAAUUGUUAAAGAGAUGGAGCUAUCAUAUA